UUAUAGGUUGCUAGUCAAACUGGGGCAAGGAUGUCGGUUUUCAGGAUACUUGUAGCCUCGUUCUACUCUUUUAGUGUAGUGGAUCUCAAUACACCAAAGCCAGAUAAAGUUUGGAUCAACAUGCUUACGUCGCUGAUACAUGAUCUGUCUUGGUUAAUUUUUAUUUGGUUUUUAAAAUUUUCUGCUGUAGCCGUCCAAUAGCACCAGCAAAUUUUAUGCCAACCGAUUCUCUCAAAUAUUUGUCACGUUUUUUAUAGACUUGAGCGAC